UGCUAUGAAAUGUUCCAUGAUUAUUUUGGUUUCUCUACCCAGAUCGAUUUGUCGGGUGCUCUGAUAUGUUGAUGGCUAAAUAAUUCACUACAAACCCGAUUCAGGUGGUCAGAGCCAGGCUCAUAUCACAGAGCGGCGUUUCCAGUCAAGCAUAUUCGAGGCCGUUGUGGCAAUACAGCUCAGCUUAUGAUGCGGCUCGGCAAAUCUAUUGCAAUGAAAGCAUUCCAGCUUUCUACUCCGGCUUGACCCCAGCUCUUUAUGGGCGUGUCGCACCUUGCAAUCCAAUUUCCCCUCUACGAGGCCUUAAAGCGGAAGCUCACAGGCUCGGGAUUAGGCGAAUAUGACCGGAAGCCCUCCCAUACCCUUUUAGGUGUUCUUGCUGCAGGAUCUAUGAGCAAGAUAAUUUCUACUGCUUCCACUUACCCUCACGAGGUCAUUCGAACGCGACUUCAGACCUAACAGAGACUCAAAUCAACCAUCAUCGCAUCGCGAGGCAUACAAGAAAUUGUUUAUAAUAUUUGGAAGACGGAGGGAUGGAAAGC